UGACGCAGGGUCGUACGGACGUACGCAGACUUCCGGGUUGUCGCUUGAUGCAAUCAGCUGAAAGUGAAGCUGAAGAAGAGUCGAUAAAGUUGAGCCGAAAGGAUCGGAGCCCGCGGACGGAAUAAGUCUUAACUCCUUUUGUUGGAUGAAACAUAUAAGUAGCAUAUCCUGAGUCCACUCUCGUUCCCUGAGUAGAGGACAGCAUGGCCAGUGCCUCGCCUCAUCCCUCUCAGCCUCAGCCUCCACCUCAGCCUCAGAGUCAGUCAUCAAGCACUUCAGCCCCAGACAGCACAGGGACCGGCUCCAACACCCAGACCCAGGGAGAGACCGGCAGCCAGGACAGCACAUUUGAGUGUAAUAUCUGCUUGGACACUUCCAAGGACGCAGUAAUAAGCUUAUGUGGUCAUCUCUUUUGCUGGCCCUGCUUGCAUCAGUGGUUGGAAACGAGGCCAAACAGACAGGUGUGUCCGGUAUGUAAAGCUGGCAUCAGCAGAGAUAAGGUGAUCCCACUGUACGGACGAGGCAGCACGGGUCAGCAGGAUCCCAGAGAAAGAACUCCUCCCAGACCACAAGGACAAAGACCGGAGCCUGAAAAUCGAGGCGGGUUCCAAGGAUUCGGGUUUGGAGAUGGCGGCUUCCAGAUGUCCUUCGGUAUUGGAGCGUUUCCUUUUGGAAUAUUUGCCACAGCGUUCAACAUCAACGAUGGACGACCACCACCAGCAGCUCCAGGAACACCGCAGCACAUGGAUGAGCAGUUCCUGUCCCGCCUCUUUCUGUUUGUGGCACUCGUCAUAAUGUUUUGGCUUCUUAUCGCAUAAACAAUCAGGAACCCGAUGUGAAGAUAACAGUUCUUUAUGGACCUGAUGAUUAAGUUACAGACAGUUAUUACUAAAGUUUCACUAAUGGAAACAUUUAAUUUGCUCCCCAUUACACCGUUGGACCUACACUUGGUUUUAAACGGUUGUUUUUAUGUUUGAAGGAUCUGCAUGAUGGCGUGUCGUGUGUAGCAUAACUGCACAUCUGCCGUGAUUUUGAUUCUGUAAAUUAUCAUUCGCUGGAAUGUUUUUUCAGGCCUUGUUAACUUCCCCGCGCAGAUGUGUACAUUUUAAAUAAAAAUCAGAGUCUUAUUUCUCUUAA